UUCUCUCUCUCCUCUGAACUGCGCAUCGCUCCUGUUAGAGGCCGGGGACACCUCGGCACACGCCGCCUACCGGGAGACGCCGGUGCUGGACAGGGAUAGCCAGGCAGCCGUGCGCGUGCAAGGUCGGUUCGCGGCAUUGCCUCGUCCAGCCCAAGCCGCUCAUCCGCGUCGCCGUGUUCGCUCAAGCCGUUGCGUCCCGUGGAGGAGGGAGCAGGCACAUGAACGCGGGCGCCGCUGGAGAUGUUGAUGAAAAGCAGAGGAAUUUCAUUCCGUUGAUGCUUCAGCAAUCCUUUUAUCUCACCACGCCCACAUGCUCCGAUGAAGCAAUUCUCAACGGCGGUGGCUGGUUGACUCGUCUCAGGUCACAGUGAUUAGUGCCAAUUAGCCUGAUCGUGCAGUGAUGCCAGCUGGAUCACGCCGCCGUGCCUCCCUCUCUCCCUUCUCUUCUUUUCCCCUACCUCUCUCUCUCCUCUGAACUGCUCCUCUCUGCAGGUGCCACCAUGGCCGCGUCUUGGAGCUCGCCGCCGUGGGCUGCGCGCCCCUUCGAUGACAGCCUUCCUCGCCCACGUCCAGGUCCUCUCAAUCCUAAUUUGACGAAUGGGAGCGGAAGCUGCAAUGUCAAGAUCCGCAAGCAGGACAUGAACCACCUUGCCAUGAAUUUCCUCGUCACAUUAGGAUUCAUCGACGCCACCAACAGUUACUAUCAUUGGAAGUGCCAGACAGAUCUCGCCGUCAAGAGUAGCGCUGCAGGGUCAUUCACCUGGUUGGCCUCUUAUGUAACUGGUGUUGUUGUGUCCAUGUGGAAGGAGAGCCCGCUUCUCCGGGACGCCGGCGCUGACAUGCUCACCGUAGGCGACGUCAUGGCGGUGCUCGACUUCAGGGAGGAGGUCGGCAACCACCACUUCUUGGACCAACGUAAAAAUGUCAUAAAUACAGUCACAAACCCAUCAGAUCUAUGCUAUGGAUGCCGUGGUGAUUGCUGGAACGGAGGGUUCCUGGGAUGA